CUGCCGGACACAGAAAAUCGCUUCCUCAGUUUUGACCUGUUCACCGGUGACAACAAAGGGUCAUGUAGCUGAACAGAGACGUCAUGUUUAGUUGGAAGACACUGCAGAGAAACAAAACCUUCAAGUAUGGAGUCCCUAUGCUGCUGCUGGUCAUUGGUGGCUCCUUUGGCUUGCGGGAGUUUACUCAGAUCCGUUACGAUGCCCAGAAAAUCAGAAAGCGGUUGGAUCCUUCACUGGAGGCGAAGGUGAAUCUGGAGAAGCAGGCCGUCAUCCUGGAGGACGAGUAUGAGAAGUUGAAGGAGAUUAAUUUGGACGAGUGGAAGAACAUCCGUGGUCCCCGUCCCUGGGAGGAGUCCAGGGAGUACCAGGAGCAGCAGCGCAGCAAUCUGAGUAAAACACACUGAGGCUCCGGCCCGAGCCCACCGCACGCGCUCACACAGACGCACAAAGAUCACACCAGACAGCACAGGGGCCCGUGGAGACGGCGGCACCGAUGUCUGGCCGUUCCGGACGCUGCGGCUCCGGAGCUCUGAGCACAGCUUGUAAGCCCUUGGCUCGCGUCGGGGCCCAAAUCUUUGGAAAAGUUCAUUUUGGAGAAAAUCAUGUUGGUUUCUUCUGGCUGCAACACCUUCAGGACUACUGGUGAAAAGUUUUUGCUUUUAAAAUAUUGUGGCGGACACAAACAUAUAUAUUGUACGUCAGGCUGUAGGCCCUUAUUGUGAAGGGGAGAGAGCAGAAAUGCAGAGCGUGUUGUUCUGUUCAAGGUUUUGUUUUGUGGUUGGAAGACAUUGAGAAUAAAGCAAGACUCAAAAUGG